AUGAAGCUCACGAGAACCUCCCCUCUUAUCAGCAUUGCUGAGAACCCCGAUAAGAGGUCCAUUGCCUCGGCGGUCAGCCAAACGUCUCUGACAGCAUCGGAUUCCGGCAGCAAUCACGACGAGGAGGAUUAUGUCAUGUCCCCCCAGUUUGCGCAAACCUUGGUCUCCCGCACCGAACGCAAAGUCAAGGCAUUUCUGGAGGCAUCCCAAUGGGUCCGCGAUCAUAUCUCCAAUCUGGACCAAAUCCCUCGUUUGAGUGCCGCGACGGAUUUUGUGGCGGGCCGUGUCAUUGCCGAAGGAGGCUUUUCCAAUAUUCAUGAAAUCACCUCCUUUUGCGACACGGCUGCCUUUGACAACAACAGCAACAACAAUACAAAGAAGAAGAAGAGCUAUGUCGUCAAACGAUUAAAACCACAAUUGGCAUUGAAUCCACCCAAAUUGCGGGCCGCCGCCAAGGAUAUUUGCAAUGAAAUUCAUGUCCUGAGCAGUUUGGAUCAUCCCAAUAUCGUCCGGGUUCAGGCAUUGUCGACAACCGGAAUUGAAGCCAUUGCCGAAACCUGUCGUGUGGAUUCGUUCUUUCUCAUUUUGGAACGACUUGAUCAGACACUGUUGCACAAGAUUUCGCAGUGGCGGCAAGAAGGCAUCCGGGCGAAUGCCCUUGCGUUGAACAAACUGCACAAGUGCCCGCACACUCAACGACUCUUUCGAGAACGCAUGGGAGUGGCACACCAAGUGGCCAGUGCCUUGGCCUAUUUGCAUCAACAUCGGAUACUGCAUAAUGACAUCAAGCCCGGCAAUAUUGGAUUCGAUGAUACUGGAGUUGUCAAGAUGUUUGAUUUUGGAUUGGCGGUGGAACUACCCAAUGACACCGAUACGUUUGAUCUCGGCAAUGCCGGGACCCCGCGCUAUCAGGCCAAUGAAGUGUUGAAGAAACAACCCUACAAUAUGAAGGCGGAAUCCUACAGUCUGGCCAUGCUGCUGUGGGAAAUCACGUCCCUGACCAAACCCUUUGCGUGCCUCGAUGAAAAUGAAGUGAAACAGUCCGUGACACAAAUCAACUAUCGUCCCGGCAUUCCUCGUUCGUGGCCUCGAGCGUUGCGCCGAUUGGUCGCCAAGGGAUGGUCCAAACGCAUGACACAACGACCCACCAUGGCCGAAAUGAAAGCGAGUUUGGAACAGAUUGCGUCGCACGAUUACAGUCGCAGCAGCAGUGGAACAAUGGCCAGUUUGUUGUUUCGCUAA